CUGAGCUGUAGCAGGAUGGUGUGGUGGACUUCUUUCCUGUUGGUGUUGGGUCUCCUCUGUGCCCCCUCUGCUCUGGGACAAGACAAGGCAGAGGGCCAGGCCACAGACCAGGCAUCAGGACAGGCUGGUGGGGCCGGUGCUGGUGGGGCCGGUGCUGGUGGGGCCGGUGCUGGUGGGGAUGAAGCAGAGAAUGAGGAGUGGGGCAUGAAUUCGAUCAGAGGAAGCUUUGAGGCGGUCAGCGGAUACUUUGACUCAAUGUUGGAGUUUAUGGGUGGAAAAGAUGGGGUCUGCCAGUACCGCUGUCGUUAUGGUAAAGAUCCUAUCCCCCGCCCUGACUUUAAAAUGCCUGAGCCUGAUGGAUGCUCCUCUUAUUUCUUUGGUCUUCCUGUGCCAGAUGGGAUGGACGUGGGGAUCCCGGCCAUGACCAAAUGCUGUAACCAGUUGGACAUGUGCUAUGACACUUGCGGCUCAAAUAAAUAUCGCUGUGACUCCAAGUUUCGUUGGUGCCUCCACAGCAUCUGCUCGGACCUCAAGAAGAGCCUGGGAUUUGUGUCAAAAGUCGAAGCGUGUGAGACGGUGGCAGACACUCUGUUCAACACUGUGUGGACUCUUGGUUGCAGACCUUACAUGAACAGUCAAAGGGCAGCAUGCUUCUGUCCCGGGGAGGAGAAGGAUGAACUGUGAAUGAACUAUUUAAUGGACAAAACAACUGUGUCUGACUGUACUACUACUUUUACUUGAGUAAUUUAUUUCAUGGUUUUGUUGUGGUUUUGAUUCAAUAAAAGUAUAUGUAUGACUCUACUUCUUUGUUAAAGAGUAAAUUAAAAGUUACGGCUACGUUUUAGUACUACUUAAAAGGUGCACUAUGUCACUUUUCAGGUGAGAUGUUCAACUGUCCACCACCUGCUUCUCCAUCAUCCAAGCAUUUUAACUGCUAAAAAAACUUGAAAAACUUGCACCUGCUUCUCCAUGGGGAUAGAUAAGUUUAAUGCCAUACUGGGGGACAUUUCAGGUAACAUGUUAAUAUCUCCAUGGAGACAAGGAAGUGACAGACCAUGCAACCAGAUAAGUUACAUAGUGGACCUUUAAAUAUUGAUUAUCAAAUAAUAUGGGCAUAAGGCUUAAUAAAAUGUAAUGCAUG